AUGUCGAGGGCUUGCUUGGGCUCUAAGACAGCAAUUCCCGGACCUUCUGGCCUACCUGUUCUGGGCCUAGUCUUUGCUUUCACUGGUUCUCUGACUCACAGAGUUCUCGACAAGAUCUCUCAGAGCUUCAAGGCCGCACAGUUGAUGGCGUUCUCUAUUGGGCUCACUCGUUUUAUCAUUUCGAGCAACCCCGAGACAGCCAAAGAAAUUUUGAGUAGCUCUGCUUUUGCUGAUAGGCCUGUGAAAGAGUCUGCAUAUGAGCUUCUGUUCCACCGAGCAAUGGGUUUUAAUCCUUAUGGAGAGUACUGGAGGAACUUGAGAAGAAUUUCAGCCAAUCAUCUGUUCAGUCCUAAAAGAAUUGCUUCCUUCGGACAGUUUAGGAGAAUGAUUGGGAUCGAAAUGAUUAAAGAAAUCAUGGGUUCCAUGGAGAAAAAUGGUGAGGUUGAGGUGAAAAGGGUUUUGCACUUGGGGUCUUUGAACAAUGUAAUGAUGAGUGUUUUUGGUAAAUGCUAUGACUUCAGUGAAAAUGAAGAUGGCUCUGAGCUAGAGGGUUUGGUGAGUGAAGGGUAUAAGUUGCUGGGGAUAUUCAACUGGAGUGACCAUUUUCCUGUCAUGGGAUGGCUGGAUUUGCAAGGAGUGAGAACGAGGUGCAGAGAGUUGGUGGCUAGGGUGAAUGUUUUCGUGGAGAAGAUUAUAGCGGAGCAUAGGUUAAAGAGAACUGAGAAUGAAGGAGUUGUGGAUGAGAGCUCUGGUGAUUUUGUGGACGUCUUGCUUGAUUUGGAGAAAGAGAACAGGCUUAGUGACUCUGACAUGAUUGCAGUGCUAUGGGAAAUGAUCUUCAGGGGGACUGAUACAGUGGCAAUCCUCCUAGAGUUGGCACCAUUUGGUGCUGGGAGGAGGGUUUGUCCUGGGAAGGCUAUAGGGCUAGCAACUGUUCAGCUCUGGUUAGCCCAGCUGCUUCAGAACUUCAAAUGGGUUGCUUCUGAGAAUGGUGUGGACUUGUCUGAAUGCUUGAAGCUCUCCUUGGAGAUGAAACGCCUCUUGGUUUACAAAACUGUUCCUAGGGUUUGUUGAAAGUUUGGUCAGCUGGUUUGGUCUCUUCCAUGAUUUUGAAAUAUGUUUGUUAGUGGGGAGAUCAUAUAUAUGCUAUUACCUUUAGUUAUAUUUGUGUUCUGUUUGUUUGAAGAAAAUCUAUUAUUAAGGAACUUGUGGUAGCGUUGACCAGAAAGCUAUGGCGGUUCUGUAUAAGGGUUUUAUUAGGCUCAUGUAGACGUG